CUUGAUGAUUGGGUGUUAUGUCGAAUAUACAAGAAAAACAACACACAGAGACCAGUGGAUCACGAUAAAGACGAUUCCAUGGAUGAUAUGCUUGGAUCAAUACCGCCUUCGCUAUCAGUCGGUGGCCAUCAGAAUGGAACGGUGCAUCUUACAAAAGGCACAAACUAUGGGGCAUUGCUUGACAAUGAACAGAAUUUAUUCGAAGGAAUAAUAGGCAACAAUGGUACCAGAAGCAGCAGUUCUUCUAUGUCUCACAUGGCCUCUUCAGUAUCCAAGUUAGACCUACCUAUGCUUCCACUCAAAAGAACACUCUCAUCACUGUAUUGGACCGACGAGGACAUGGUUGGCCCUUCAUCAAGUAAGAGAUUUCAAGGGGAUAUAAUUAAUGGUGAUGAAAGUGUCGUGAGGACUGAUGGGGAUAGUUCCAUAGCCACUCUGCUCUGCCAACUUCCACAGACACCUCAAUUGCACCAGCAGACAAUGCUGGGGUCUGUGGGAGAUGGAAUUUUUAGGCCAUCGUAUCAAAUUCCAGGCAUGAAUUGGUACUCUUAA